AUGUUCCCUUCCGGCAUAGGGGAUCCCGCUGCUGCGUUUGAGGGCGAACCUGUUUUCUUGAACCCGACUUCAGUUACCGAGGCCCCAGCUCCACCUCAGUUCGGGUUUGUGUACUACGGUCCUACGUCCGUCGGCCCCGUUUCUUAUGGUCCCAUCUUACAAAGACCGCCGCCAGUUUACCCUGUCUCGUUUGAUCCUUAUCCACCGGGCCCUCCCCCAUAUGGCCCACCGGUCGUAGACCCCUCGCUUUAUGGCCCUCAAUUCUUUGUUCCAGCCCCUUUGAACACUGCUUACCACAGUUCCGGUCCAUUCACAGCCUCCUUUUCCGGCGAGCCUGGUGAUAUUCCAGAUACCCAACCCCAUGACUGUCUGGUCGCUUAUCGCAAAUACAUGAACUGGCUUCACACGGUGUAUUACUCGUCGAAUUCACCAAACGCAUUUGUGCAAGCCUGGAAACAAGCUCUAAAGGAGAUGAAAGAGGCAUUUGGACGCCCAGAUAUUCCCACGGUCUAUCUCCUGAAUCAGUUCCUUGCCGCAGCCAGUGCUAACCCGAACACCAUCCCAUGGAUUGAGUCGCUUCAAUUUGGUAAAGGGUCUCUACCGUCAUCAAUACUCGAUGAAGCCUUUGAUGAUUUCCUGGAGUUUGAGGCAUGCCGACUAGGAAGCCCACAGUCAUCCCUAGGUAGCCUAGAUACUGCUGUUGCCAACUUGAAGCAAAUUGAAAAUUUUCCCAAGCAGUAUUGCCCCUUCCAUCAGCGUCUGACGAGACAUCCUAUUGAGGAAUGUUAUCGAAACCCACAGAACACGAAGCGUAAGAGGAAGUGGAGGCGAAAACAGGCCCGAAUGGCAGCGGCUCUUGAGGCAGAGAAAGAAAAACAGGCAAUCUCAGAUGAAUUGACUGUCAGAGAGGUAGACGGGCGUUGA